GAAUAAAAAUAUACUGAAUGAAAGUGGGGGAAAGGAAGAGGAAAGGGGAAAGCUUGCCGGCUUUGGUUUGUUUGAUUGUAAACCGUCAGGAAACGGUUGACGCUACAACAAAGUCAUCAUCAUCAGUAUUUUAUAUCUCUUUAAUUGAUUACUACUACUCAUUAUUUAUCAACUAAAACAAUAACAAAUUAUUACUGUACUAGUAGUAAUAUAUCUUUAUAAUUAUAUAUUCGUCCGUAUAUAAUAAAGCAAUUAAUUAAUUAUGAUAUUGCUGUUUUUGUUGUAUGGAUGUAUGUAUAUUGAUUGAUUGAUCGGAUCAUAAUUUAAAUAAAACCAGUUCCCCAUCUUGUUCUUUGGUUGGAUAUUGGAGGAAGAGUAAUUAGGUGAAAGGGGAAUAAAAAAUGGGCGGUUGUUUUCCCUGUUGUUUUGAUUAUUCACCCCAAGAAGAAGAGAAAUUGAAUAAUUAUAAUAAUAAUACUAAUCAAUCAUCAAAGACGAAGAAGACAACAUCAUCAUCAUCAUCAUCUGCUUCUUGUACUACUGCUAGUAAUAAUGUUUCCAGAUUAGCUUCUUCUGGAGUUGAUAGACUUAAGACUAGAAACAGUACCAGCUUAAGGAGGGAGGCAUUAACCACCACCAAGGAUUCACCAGAUGGACAGAUUGCUGCUCAAACCUUCACCUUCCGUGAACUUGCAGCCGCAACUAAUAAUUUUACCCCUGAUUGCUUCUUAGGGGAGGGGGGCUUUGGUUGUGUAUAUAGAGGACGUCUUCACAACACCGGUCAGGUCGUAGCUGUUAAACAACUAGAUAGAAAUGGGCUCCAAGGUAACCGGGAGUUUCUAGUGGAAGUUCUUAUGCUUAGCCUAUUACAUCAUCCAAACCUAGUGAAUUUGAUUGGUUACUGUGCUGAUGGUGACCAAAGACUUCUCGUGUACGAAUUUAUGGCAUUGGGAUCACUGGAAGAUCACCUUCAUGAUGUUCCCCCUGAUAGAGACCCAUUAGAUUGGAAUACACGAAUGAAGAUAGCGGCUGGUGCAGCCAAAGGUUUAGAGUUUCUUCAUGAUAAGGCUAACCCUCCUGUGAUUUACAGGGACUUCAAGUCAUCCAACAUUUUGUUGGAUGAGGGAUUUGAGCCGAAGCUCUCUGACUUUGGGCUUGCAAAACUGGGCCCUACUGGGGACAAGUCUCAUGUUUCUACGAGGGUUAUGGGCACGUACGGUUAUUGUGCUCCAGAGUAUGCCAUGACUGGACAACUAACCGUCAAGUCCGAUGUGUACAGUUUUGGUGUCGUGUUUUUAGAGCUGCUUACUGGUCGCAAAGCCAUUGACAGCACUCAACCACAUGGACAGCAGAACCUUGUCACAUGGGCACGACCUCUGUUUAAUGACAGAAGAAAGUUCACAUCAUUGGUGGAUCCAAGGCUAGAAGGUCGUUACCCCAUGAGGGGGCUAUACCAGGCCUUAGCUGUUGCAUCCAUGUGUAUUCAAGAACAGGCUGCUGCACGGCCUCUCAUUGGAGAUGUGGUCACUGCGUUGUCUUAUCUUGCAAACCAGGGAUAUGAUCCUACCACGGCUCCUGCUAAUAUCGUUAACAAAGAGAGACCAAAAGCUGAAAGAAAUGGAAGAAUUUCAAGAAACGAAGAAGGGGGAGGAUCAGGUCGUAGCAGAUGGGAUUUGGAUGGAUCAGAGAAAGAAGAGUCUCCUAAAGAAACCGCAAAGAUGCUCAACAAGGAUCUUGAAAGAGAAAGGGCUGUUGCAGAAGCAAAAAUGUGGGUUGAAAAACGAAGACAAAGUGCUCAAGGCAUCUUUGAAGCCAACAAUGGUUAGCAGUAAGUUUAUGUAGCACUGUCUAAUUUCCCUUUCUUUUGGCUCAUAUUUGAUUUGCUGAUUGGGAAAUGGAAACCUCUCUUGGAUGCAAAUACUCGAAUUGGUUUCUAUGGAUAAAAGAGGAGAUGAAACAAAUAUUAAGGUUAGUUCUGUGAAUUGUAAAGGUGGAUUCUUGAUUUUCUUUACGGGAGUCCUUUGUGGUUUGACUUUUUAAUUUUCUUGUGUAACAUAAACAUUCAAUAGCUUCUUUUGUAUUUAUCGGUGAGUUCAGCAAAUAUGAAGAACAAAAUACUGUAUGCAGUACUUUACCGGGAUCACUAAAAUCAAGCAAUUAUAUGAUAGUGGUCUUUUUGUAACUAGAUUAUAUUAUAGAUUGAUUAUUACAUCGAGACAUGACUUUAGUGUUUUUCUUUA